AUGUCUUGGCUGCUCUCCUUCUCCAGGCGAGCCACAGCAGCAUCAGCAGCAGCAGCACCGACGUCCAGGGCAGGCAUCAUCAACUCACCCUCACUCCGCCGAGGUUUUGCAUCAGUCAGCGCCGGCACCAUGGCGAACCGCGACCCCAGCACCCUCUCCAACUAUGGCGCCUGGCGUACCAGGCACACGACCGUCAACUUUGACCUGGACUUUGACGCCAAGUGCCUGAGGGGUUCCGUCAUCCUGCAGCUCGAGUCCCAGACGGACGGCCAGAGCAGCGAGGUCAUCCUGGACUCGCGCUUCGUCAAGGUCUCGGGCGUGCAGGUCGACUCCGCCGCAUCGGAAUGGGAGAUCAAGGCCGACAAGGAGCCCCUCGGCUCCCCGCUGCACGUGGCCAUACCCGGCGGCGGCGGCGUUGCCAAGGGUGACACCAUCAACCUGUCCAUCGACUUGGAGACGACGGACAGGUGUGCCGCCCUGCAGUGGCUCACGCCCGCCCAAACGUCCAACAAGAAGCACCCGUACGUGUUCUCGCAGUGCCAGGCCAUCAACGCGCGCACGAUAUUCCCCUGCCAGGACACGCCCGAUGUCAAGUCAACCUUCACCUUCAACCUCACCUCCAUCCUGCCCGUCGUCGCCAGUGGCGUGCCCGUUGGCGACCACGAAGCUACCCCCGGGACAAGGAAGACGUACAGGUUUGAGCAGAAGGUUCCCAUACCCUCUUACCUGUUUGCCGUUGCGUCGGGCGAUAUCGCCACGGCGUCUAUCGGUCCGCGCUCCGUCGUUGCGUCGGGCCCCAAUGAGCUCGAGGCUUGCAAGUGGGAGCUUGAGAGAGACAUGGAGAAGUUUAUGGAGAUUGCCGAGAAGCUCAUCUUCCCUUACAAGUGGGGUGCUUACAAUGUUCUGGUCCUGCCCCCGAGCUUCCCCUACGGAGGCAUGGAAAAUCCCAUCUACACAUUCGCCACCCCCACCAUCAUCAGUGGUGACCGCCAGAAUGUCGAUGUCAUUGCCCACGAGCUGAGCCACAGCUGGAGUGGUAACCUUGUGUCCAAUGCUAGCUGGGAGCAUUUCUGGCUGAACGAGGGCUGGACAAUGUACCUCGAGCGUCGUAUCGAGGCAGCCCUUCAUGGAGAUGCCGCCUUCGACUUUUCCGCCAUUAUUGGCUGGAAGGCACUCGAGGAUUCCGUCGAGCAGUUUAGCGACAACCCCGAAUAUACCAAGCUCAUCAUCAAGCACGACAAUGUCGACCCCGAGGAUGUUUACAGCCAGGUUGCCUACGAGAAGGGCUUCCACUUGGUCUACUACCUAGAGAGGGUCGUCGGCCGCGAGAAUUUUGACAAGUUCAUCCCCCACUACUUUCAGAAGUGGUCCGGAAAGUCCCUCGACUCGUGGGAAUUCCGCGACACCUUCCUGGACUUCUUCAACGGCCUCGGCGACGAGGACCUCGAGAAGAAGGUUGCCGCCAUCGACUGGGAGGACCGCUACUACUCCCCUGGCAUGCCUCCCAAGCCCGAAUUCGACACCACCCUGGCCGACCAGUGCUACAGCCUGGCGGAAAAGUGGGAGGAUAGCUCCUUCAAGCCGAGCCCCGACGACGUAAAGGACUUUACCGCCAACCAGAAGAUCGUCUUCCUCGGCAAGCUUCAGCAGGGCAGGGCGUUGUCAGCCGAGAAGGCCCAGCUCCUGGGCGAGGUCUACUCGCUACGCUCGUCGCACAACGUCGAGCUCAAGUCUGCGUACUACCUCAUUGCCGUCAAGGCGCAGGACUCGUCGAGCUAUCCCGGCAUCGCCGAGAUGCUGGGACAGGUGGGCCGCAUGAAGUAUGUCCGGCCGCUGUUCCGCGAGCUCAACAAGGUUGACCGGCCGCUCGCGCUGGCGACGUUUGAGAAAAACAAGGAUUUCUACCACCCCAUCUGCAAGGGAAUGGUGGAGAAGGAUCUAGCCCCUAAAGCAUGA